CCUUUUGAAUGCUCAGAGUGUGGAAUGAGAUUCAGUCGGUGUGGCCAUCUUCAGCAGCAUUUUCGAACCCACACAGGGGAGAAACCAUUUGAAUGCUCAGCGUGUGGAAAGAGAUUCAGUCGGUGUGGCCAUCUUCAGCAGCAUCAGAGAACCCACAGAGGGGAGAAACCUUUUGAAUGCUCAGAGUGUGGAAAGAGAUUCAGUCAGAAUGGCAGUCUUCAAAAGCAUCUAAGAACCCACACAGGGGAGAAACCUUUUGAAUGCUCAGAGUGUGGAAAGAGAUUCAGUGUGAAUUCCAGUCUUCAAAAGCAUCUAAGAACCCACACAGGGGAGAAACCUUUUGCAUGCUCAGACUGUGGAAAGAGAUUCAGUGUGAGUUACAGACUUCAGCAGCAUCAGAGAACCCACACAGGGGAGAAACUUUUUGAAUGCUCAGAGUGUGGAAAGAGAUUCAAUAUGAGUGGCACUCUUCAGAGGCAUCAGAGAACUCACACAGGGGAGAAACCGUUUGAAUGCUCAGAGUGUGGAAAGAGAUUCAAUAUGAGUGGCACUCUUCAGAGGCAUCAGAGAACUCACACAGGGGAGAAACCGUUUGAAUGCUCAGAGUGUGGAAAGAGAUUUAGUUUGAAUUCCAAUCUUCAGAAUCAUCAAAGAACCCACACAGGGGAGAAACCUUUUGAAUGCUCAGAGUGUGGCAAGAGAUUCAGUGCCAAUAAUGGUCUUCAACAGCAUAAGAAAACCCACACAGGGGAGAAACCGUUUGAAUGCUCAGAGUGUGGAAAGAGAUUCAGUGCAAAUAAUGGUCUUCAACAGCAUAAGAAAACCCACACAGGGGAGAAACCGUUUGAAUGCUCCAAGUGUGGAAAGAGAUUCAGUUUGAAUUCCAGUCUUCAGUAUCAUCAGAGAACCCACGCAGGGGAGAAACCGUUUGAAUGCUCAGAGUGUGGAAAGAGAUUCAGUGCAAAUAAUGGACUUCAACAGCAUAAGAAAACCCACACAGGGGAGAAACUUCUUCAGUAUCAUCAAAGAACCCACACAGGGGAGAAACCGUUUGAAUGCUCAGAGUGUGGAAAGAGAUUCAGUCAGAAUAGCCAUUUUCAAACGCAUCAGAGAACCCACACAGGGGAGAAACCUUUCGAAUGCUCGGAGUGCGGAAAGAGAUUCAGUCGGAGUGACACUCUUCAGCAGCAUCAGAGAACCCACACUGGGGAGAAAGCUUUUGAAUGUUCAGAGUGUGGAAAGAGAUUCAGUCGGAGUGGCACUCUUCAGCAGCAUCAGAGAACCCACACAGGGGAGAAACCUUUUGAAUGUUCGGAGUGUGGAAAGAGAUUCAAUUGCAGUGGCACUCUUCAGAGGCAUCAGAGAACCCACACAGGGGAGAAACCUUUUCAAUGCUCAGAGUGUGGAAAGAGAUUCAGUGUGAGUUCCAAUCUUCAAAAGCAUCACAGAACACACACUAGGGAGAAACUUUUUAAAGAUUAG